AUGGUUGCUGGAAUCGUUAUAAUGAUGAUAGCUGGCUGGAGGUUAUUGGUCGGGUUUUUUGGUGUUGAGACCAACGAUCCUCCGGUUUCAACGAAAUUCGUAAAAAGGAGCUUUGAGGAAAAUCACGAUCAUCCCGAAGACAAAGGCAAUCAACAAAUAUUUGUUCCUGUCAUUCCGGGUGUUACGUUACCGAUUUCGCAUUUUGCGUAUUAUCUCAUCGCACUGUUGAUAUGUGGGAUGAUUCAUGAAGCGGGUCACGCGAUCGCUGCCGAAACGGAUGACUUCAAAAUCAGAUCCGCGGGAAUAUUCUUAUACAUUCUUUAUCCGGGUGCAUUCGUGGAAUUUGACAUAGAUGCCUUGGAAGGACGCGAUGAUCGUCUUACAAAACUUCGUGUGAUAUGUGCAGGAGUCUGGCAUAAUGCGGUGACAUUUCUAUUAAUUUAUCUUAUACUCAGCUCCGGAUUUUUCGUUAUUGCUCUGAGUUCUACUGCAUGGAGGUCAGUUGAUGGUAGUGGAGUUAGCGUUGUUUCGAUCGAAGAGGAUACCCCCUUGUUCGGUCACAUAAAGCCUUCGAUGCUCAUAACAAAGUUGGACGACUUCGAAUUGACCGAAUCUCUGGAAAGUUGGAACAGUUACCUCUUGGAAAGAUCCAAGAUAAACCUUAAUCCCACCGGAUUUUGUGCCUCCAAAAAGGAUAUCAUAUCUUCAUUGGAUUGUUGUGAAAUUUCGGGCGCUCAUCCCUACGGAAAUGAAAGAGACAAAAGCAUUUCUUGCUUCAAGAGAAUUGACAGAAACAAAGAGGAGAAGGUCUGUCUGAAAACCGUUCCAAUUCUUGUUAAUGUUAACGAACAACGGUGUCUCAGAGAUGACGAUUGCGUCCGAGAAUCGCCCAUAUGUGUAUUACCUUAUACACCUGAUGGGUUCCCGAAACCGCUAAGAAUUUAUUAUAAAGACGUUCCAUGGUCUGAAAAAGAAGACAAGGAUCAAGAGAAGGUUUUGUUAUUCCUUGGAGAGUUUGAGGAUGUUUGGGAAAUUGUACAAGUUAGUGUUAUUCAGCCCCGAUGGUCAUGGGUACCCAUGUGGAUUCCAGAGUCUCUAGAAUUAGUAUUGAGGUAA